AUGGAGCCUAACCUGGAGAUCAACCACCACGCCGACAAGUCUCUGGACAGUUUCUGCAAGUGGCAGAAGUCCAUCCUGUCUCAUCACAGCGAUGGCAACAGCAUUCCUGAAAACGGGAUGGCUCACCAUGACAACGCCGUCCUAAUCACCCGGUAUGACAUCUGCACCUACAAGAACAAACCCUGCGGUACCUUAGGCUUGGCCUCAGUGGCUGGAAUGUGCGAGCCGGAGAGGAGCUGCAGCAUCAAUGAAGACAUCGGCCUCGGGUCUGCUUUCACCAUCGCGCACGAGAUCGGCCACAAUUUUGGGAUGAACCACGAUGGGAUCGGGAAUUCCUGCGGCACCAAAGGCCACGAGACAGCCAAGCUGAUGGCUGCUCAUAUAACAGCCAACACCAACCCUUUCUCCUGGUCUGCCUGCAGCAAAGACUACAUCACCAGCUUUCUCGACUCAGGUCGGGGGACGUGUCUGGACAAUGAACCUCUGAAACGAGACUUCCUGUACCCAACAGUGGCCCCGGGGCAGGUGUACGAUGCAGACGAGCAGUGUCGCUUCCAGUAUGGAACCUCCUCACGCCAGUGCAAGUAUGGGGAAGUGUGUAGAGAGCUCUGGUGCCUUAGCAAAAGCAACCGCUGUGUAACCAACAGUAUCCCUGCUGCAGAGGGGACUCUGUGCCAGACGGGCAGCAUCGAGAAAGGGUGGUGCUACCAGGGGGAGUGCGUGGCGUUCGGCACCUGGCCUCAGAGCGUGGACGGAGGCUGGGGGCCCUGGUCGACGUGGGGGGAGUGCAGCAGGACCUGUGGGGGCGGUGUGUCCUCCUCCAUGAGGCACUGUGACAGCCCAGCCCCGUCUGGAGGAGGGAAGUACUGUCUCGGGGAGAGGAAGCGUUACAGAUCUUGUAACACUGACGCCUGCCCUGCAGGAUCUCGUGAUUUCAGAGAGAAGCAGUGCGCCGACUUUGACAGCAUGCCUUUCCGUGGGAAGUACUACAACUGGAAGCCUUACACUGGUGGUGGUGUUAAACCCUGUGCACUGAACUGCCUGGCAGAGGGCUAUAACUUCUACACAGAGCGCUCACCUGCAGUCAUAGAUGGCACCCGGUGUCAGGCUGACUCUCUGGACAUCUGCAUCAAUGGAGAGUGUAAGCAUGUGGGCUGCGAUAACAUCCUGAGCUCUGAUGCUAAAGAAGAUCGCUGCCGUGUGUGUGGAGGGGAUGGCAGCACUUGUGAGGCAACAGAGGGACUCUUCAAUGACUCUCUGCCCCGAGGAGGCUACAUGGAAGUGGUUCAGAUCCCAAAAGGGUCGGUUCACAUUGAGAUCAAAGAAGUUGCCAUGUCGAAGAACUACAUCGCUCUGAAGUCUGAAGUGGAUGAUUAUUACAUCAACGGAGCGUGGACCAUCGACUGGCCCAGGAAGUUUGACAUCGCAGGGACGGCCUUCCACUACAAGAGACCCUCUGAUGAACCAGAGUCUUUGGAGGCGCUGGGAGCUACCACUGAAAACCUAAUUGUCAUGGUCCUGCUUCAGGAACAGAACAUGGGAAUUCGCUACAAGUUCAACGUGCCCAUCCAGCGCACAGGAAGUGGUGACAACGAGGUGGGCUUCUCCUGGCACCACCUGCCUUGGUCUGACUGCUCAGCUACCUGCGCUGGAGGUUCCCAGAAGCAGGAGUUGGUGUGUAAAAGGCUGGACGACAACUCGGUGGUGCAGAACAGCUACUGUGACCCAGACAGCAAACCUCCAGAGAACCAGAGAGACUGCAACACUGAGCCGUGUCCUCCAGAAUGGUUUAUUGGUGACUGGUCGGAGUGUGGGAAGACGUGUGAUGGCGGGAUGAGGACGAGGACCGUCCUGUGCAUCAGGAAGAUCGGCCCUGCUGAGGAGGAGACACUGGAGGACACCCACUGUCUGACUCACCGCCCAAUCGAACGAGAGUCGUGCAACAACCAGUCCUGCCCGCCAAAGUGGGUCACUCUGGAUUGGUCAGAGUGCACUCCUAAAUGUGGCCCCGGCUUCAAGCACCGCAUCGCUUUGUGUAAGAGCAGCGACCUGACCAAGACCUUCCCGCCCGCCCACUGCCCGAGCCACAACAAACCUCCGGUCCGAAUCCGCUGCAGCUUAGGACGCUGUCCUCCUCCUCGCUGGAUCCCUGGUGAAUGGGGACAGUGUUCGGCCCAGUGCGGCCUGGGCCAGCAGAUGAGGACGGUGCAGUGUCUGUCGUACAUCGGGCAGCCGUCUAACGAGUGCGCAGAGUCCCUCCGACCCACCACCAUGCAGCAGUGUGAGAGCAAGUGCGACGCCACCCCCAUCUCCAAUGGCGACGAGUGCAAAGACGUAAACAAAGUGGCCUACUGCCCGCUGGUACUCAAGUUCAAGUUCUGCAGCCGUGCGUACUUCAGACAAAUGUGCUGCAAGACCUGCCAGGGGCACUGACCCUGAUGAGACGCAGCGAGUGAGAGACAGAACGGCAAGAAAGAUGGAGGGAGGCUGACACGGCACUGAAAGGGAGAAAAGAAGAAAACAGGGCGGACUGAAAAAACCCUCUGGACCAGUGGAAGACAGAAGAGGAGAGAUUGGCGCUGGUGAAAGAGGAGGAGAGAAGUAAGGAUUUCCCUGUUUAUCACACCUGAUCCUCCGGCCCUCCAAACCACUGCUCAGCCCGCAACGCUGACACAAACUGUUUUUAAAAUUUCACUUCUGUGAAGUGGAACUUGGAAGAUUGUUCGUUGGUGAUGUUAUUUUUAUUAUAAUAAUAAUUAUUGAUAUCAUUGUUAGUCUUCCUUUGUUGUUUAAUGAAUCCAAAGUGCUGGACACAUCGCUGGCAGAGGAUGUUACCCCCGGAGACGGACAGACAGACAGACGGAGGGGGAGGACUCCUCACUAGAAGCAGAGGGGGAUGGGAGCUGAACGUGUCGGACUCCUGUCUUUGGGACGACUCUGAUGGUGCUAUUGGCAGGCAGACUUUCGGCUUCGGUGCACUUUUUCGUGUAAAUACUUUUUGCCAAUUUACCGCUCAGACACAACAGAGAAACCCCAUCAGUGUACUGUAUAUUUAUUGUACAAUUCCAAACAGAGCCGAGAUAUUGUCCUCUGAUCAUGUUUGUGUCAGAUAGUAGCCUACUGUCAUGGAAGGGAAUGUAAUGUGAUUGAAUUCAUGUUUAACGUCUCUGUGCUGGAAUGAAAAUAUUACAUACUGUAACAUAACCCUUAUAUACUGUAAGGAUUUGUAUAUUAUAUAUGAUGUUAAUCCAGGACCAGAAAAUACCACGUGGUUAUAGGAGGAUUAUUUUUAAAUCACUUUUUCUUUUCCCAGACGGGUGCCUUAGUUCCUAACACUUAAACAAAAGCUCACCCAGUGUCAGACAUUAGUCCAGAAGAGUACGACGAUAUUAUGAGACGGUGCCUGGGCCACAUGAAACACUAAUUACCAAACUGGCCUUUACUAAACAUCCCAUGAGGAGCUCUCAGUUAGUUCACUAUUGAAGGAUUCAUGUUGAAGGAGCAUAUUCUAUGAAGCAGUUUGUUCACUGGCAUCACAGUGCGGUCACUAGUUCUUAGUUCUAAAGAGUAAUCAAAAGUUAUCAUUUGGGUUUCAGCACUGAUUAGAGUGAAAGGAAUAGUUCGACAUUUGCCUUCUUGCCAAGAGUUAGACGAGAAGAUCGAUACCAGGCAAUCUCACAUCUGUACUGUGCGAUGAAGCUUUAGCCAAGAGACGUUUAGCUUAGUUAGCAUAGUGACAGAAAACAAGGGGAAACAGCUAGCCUGGCUCUGCUCAAAUGUAUUUUGACUGAGUGGUUGUAGUUUUACGGAGGGUUAUAUGCUGGACUGUUUCUUUACUUGGAGUCUCCAAUGGUUGCCUGGCAGCUUCAUGGUGAAGCGCUUGACCCAUCGAUGUCAUCAGGAGAACUGGAUACUGUGUUCAAAGAUGGUGUCCCAUUCAUUCCUAUGAAAGCUGCUCACAGGGCGUAUGAGCCUCAAAAAAGCCAUCAUGUCUUCCUCUUCCACAGAGCAUGCUCAGUAGAGUCCUUCUCCAGCCGAGCCAGUUGCCACAUUUGCCUUCACUGAGAUAGCAAAAGGCUCGGUCCACCCUCUCUGCUGUACUCUGCCUCUGAUUGGCUUACCGUCACAUUCUUAACCUAACACUAACCAAUCUUACUGCUCUCGCCUAAACCUAACCAAAGAAGGCAACGAGUACUAGCCAAUCAGAAGGAGAGUGGGGUGGGUCAUGCUUUUGCCAUCCUAGAAAAUACAAAUUCAGGCCAGUUGAGAGCACGUUCGGGACUUCUGACAGUGCAUGUCGGCUAUACGUGACCAAUUUGCGUCAACUCGUGUCCGCCCUGCCUCGCUGGUUGCUUGUGGCUGCAGCUUGAUCGGCUGUCUUGAUGUGAGCACUGUUUAAAUUUUUAAAGUUGUCACACCCUCUCGUUGCGCUGCCAGCUUGGUCUGCAUCCCAGGUAUCCCAGCAUGCGUUCUGCAGUGAAUAAGCCUGGCAGUGAAUUUCUGGUUGCAUACAGUAGUGUAUAGUGGGCAUGCAUCGUGGAGCAGCUGACUUCCUGUUGACUUCCCACUACAUCUGAAUUGGAUAAAAUGAUUUGAUCGUACGGCUCUUCAAGACCAAAUGUUAUUGGCCCAAGAAGAUAAGAUUCUGUUGAUAAUAUUAAGUCACAUCGUGGGGGUUUGUGGUGCUUUUAAAUAUAUAUUCACUGUCUUACAGCCAUUUCCAGUGAUUGUGUGUGAGGAAAAUGCCUCUUGGGCCUUUACACAAUGCGUGGAAUGCGUAAGCUGCCAAAAUUGCUUUACAACUACGUUCCUGGAGGCUUUGUCCAGCCAAGAAAUAAUCCAGCAAAUAACCUGACUCUCGAAAUGUUUUACACCUUUGUACAGAUUAAACUAACAAGAUAAAACAAGUUAAUUAGUGAGUUCAGGCUCGGAGGGAGCUCGGAGUAGAGCCGCUGCUCCUUCAUAUCGAAAGUGGCCAGUUGAGGUGGUUCAACAUCUGAUCAGGAUCCUCCUGGGUGCCUCCUGUUAGAGGUGUUUCAGGCACGUCCCACUGGUAGGAGGCCCCGGGGCAGACCCAGAACAAUCUGGAGGGAUUACAUAUCUCAUCUGGCCUGGGAACGUUUGGGGUCCCCCAGGAGGAGCUGGAAAGUGUCUCUAGGGAAAGGGACGUCUGGAAUGCUUUGCUCGGUCUGCUGCCCCUGUGACCUGGUUUCAGAUAAGCAGUUGAAAGUGGAUGGAGCGCUGCCAGGCUAGCUGUUUCCUCAUGUUUCCAGUCUUUAUGCUAAACUAAGCUAACUGUCUCCUGACUAGUUUCUUAUUAAGUGUACAAACAUUAAAAUGGUAUCAAUGUCCUUGUCGAACUUUCUGCAGGAAAGUGAAAAAGUGUGUUUCCCAAAAUGUCCAGCUAUUCCUCCAAGGGGCCGGUGCUAAAUAUACACACACAUCACAUUCAUUACGGACUUGUUGCCAGACCACGUAUUUGGGCUUCAGACACCCCCUCCAGAUAAAAUUACCCCCUCGUCCUCUUUCCUCUCAUCAUCUUUGUCCCUCAGCGAAAAGACAAACUCAGCCAACUCAAUGGUGCUUUUCCCUUCUUUUAUUUUUUUUAAUUUUUUUUAUUUUCCAUGGAGUACUGUGUUUACCUCUUCUUUUCCUCCCGCUCUGCUCCGAGGGUUACGGCCUUCCCAGGCUUCUGGUGCUAUCAAGUGGGUGCUUCCAUUCAACCCUCCAGUGUGCUUAAACGUGAGGCUGGAUCCAAACAAAUAUGAAAUAAUAUCCUUGUCAAUAUCUCUGUUGGUAAAUGCUGGUCAUGUUAUUGUUUUUGUUUGUAUCUGUUUAUACCUCACACUGGGAAUUUUCAUUGUUAACCGUGUAUUGUUGUUUGUGCUACCAACAAAAAAAAUGGAUCACUCACCCGGUUGUAACUGACUUACCCAGGUGACAUUCCUGCUGGUGUAAGGGUUGUGAAAGGGAACGUCUCCGUCACACGCUUGUUAUGGAGGUACAGUGGGAGUCUGAGAAAUCCGAGAGACAAUUAUGGAGUGUGCAAGAAUCUCAUCGAAGCUGUUAACAACUAAUUUCUAAUUUUGCUGCUGCUACUUUUUUGUAGCCACCUUCAGUAUGACAAUGUCGAGCAGAUUUUAGCGGUUACCAAACCUUGAAUGAGGCCGUGGGGAAAGGACAGCCAGUGGACGCUGAGAGGCAUUUGAAAUUCAAACUGCUUGGACUAACUCGUCUGCUGGCUGCGGGAUUGCGGAGCCUCCAGAAAAAAGAGAAGUGAAAUCACUCAAACUGGUACUCAUUGCUGUGAACUUGGAUGUUUGAAUGUCACAUUGCUUACUUAAAAGUGCAAGAGAAAUGAAAAGCAUCAUGUGAUUAGUUGCGUAUAUUUUAUAUUCAGUAUUAAUGUUGGUACACUGUUACUAAUUUUUUUUUUUCAAAUGUAAAUUAUAUGCUAAUUUAUUGCGUUGUCUCACUUGUACAUUUAUUUCACUGCAUGCAAACUGAACAUUAGCAUAGUGAAAAAAAUGCAGUGAUGCAGCCCUUCACCAGCCCCCCCUUUUUUUUAAAAAGUAGAUACAAUAAAAAGAGCAGCUUUUA